ACUUCCGAAUUUCGCACUACACGUGUGGUUUGAUCAUAUGUAGUUUUGAAGAGUCCAUAUGCCAACUAAUCUCAACGAAAAUGAGAGGACGAAAAGUGAAUAUCCGGCGUUUUAACGGGAUCUCAAACCAAUGGUGCACAUGGGCCCCAGUAUCCUGAAGGAACAAAUGGCAUAUGAACCUAUCAUUGGUCACCAGCUCCCAUGGGAUUGUGUCUCUCUACGAUGCUCCACUGCCUUGUGGAUUAGAUCAUCAGGUCGAAGGCUCCGAAUGUGGCCCCCUAAGAAAACCACCUGCUUCGGUUUGUGCGUACGGGCAGUAUCACAGCCCUCACACAAAUCAAAUGAGAUUUGUGUUGCGCAUAUGUAUUUGGUGUCUCCUUUUACCAAUAUCUAUCUGUUAAAAUAAAUAAAUAAAAUAACUUAAUAGCAGUAUCGCUGCUCGCAUUAAUCAUAGUUCAUCAUGCAACCCGGAUCUGAUUAUUCGGUGAUGCUACAUCUAGCAGAACACAACAUUAUCAAAAGCACUCAUAUCAGCUACAUCUUUUCCAUCAUUCCUGUACUUAUAGUGGUAGAAUUACGGUGGCGAGACUAAUUUAUGGAGUCUCGCCAUUACGAUAUACUAACGCUACCGAGUCAAUCAACCAGGAUUAAAAUAAAGCUCCAUGUAUUUCACGUAAAUUUCAGUAACAGAAAACUUAUACGUUAUCAUCAGCUAAGUAAAAUUAUUAUGAACUGAUCCUUAAAAUGCUUGGAAUGCGAAAAGUAGAUUUAAGAACGUAAAUUACAGUAUAAUAUAGUAUGAAGCACUAAUAUUAUCACGAUAAAGGUAUAUUACUUAUUUAUGUCUUCUCGAUGUUUACUUCCUUUCCUUUUCUGGUUGCACUCCCUAGCUUCGUUAUUCAUGGUUCUCAAUGAGCGUACGUCACAUAUUGUUGUUGAUACAGCACCUUUUGUAAAACGUACACGUCUUGAGACUUUCGGUGCAAUUAUUUACACCAUACCACAAGUUUUAGCUGAAAUAAAAGAUGUUCAAACACGUGAAUAUAUGAAUUGUUUGCCAUAUGCCCUGAAUUGUCAAGUACCAGAAACUGAUUCUAUUAACAUAAUUAAAGGUAUUGCAAAACAAACUGGGGAUCUGUCAGUUCUUUCUGCAACAGAUAUUAACGUGAUCGCUUUAACUUAUGAACUGCAUAAAAGAUAUAUAGGUGAACCAGAAAUUAAGGAUGUGAAGCCUUUACCCAGUAACCUUGGGUCUUUAGCUCGUUGUCAAUUGCCGAAAUUGGACACAAAAAGCAAUCCAUCCGUUGAUGUAUGUGAUGAGACAAAAUCAUCUGGAUCUGAAAACAAUGAUACUGAAACAUCUGAACCGGAUGAUGAUGAUUGGAUAACAGAAGAUAACUUUGAUGAGAAGUCCAUGACUAAUUUCGGGCUUGGAGGAAAAAUUGCAGAUAUACUGGAACCAAUCAAUGAAGUUGAAACAAACGUUGUAGCUUGCUUGACAACUGAUUUCGCUAUGCAAAAUGUUCUUCUCCACGCAGGUCUCGACAUAGUAAGCAUAAAUGGUUUGCGUAUUCGUCAACCAAGAACGCAUUUACUUUGGUGUUGUGCUUGCUUUAAGCCAACUAAGCGUACGGACACCUACUUUUGCCCAUGGUGUGGCCAUGCUAGUCUACGUCGAAUCCCAGUUACUUUACACGAAGAUGGCCAGUUAGAAUUUCACUUCGCGAAAAGAUUUGUGCGUAGACGGCGCGGUUUAAAACAACCAGUGAGAAUCCCAAAGGGUGGAAAGUAUGCUGACGAACCAAUUUAUUGUGCAGACCAACGUAUUCCUGACCGAAGGCCAGCCCGUCCGAAAAAUCCAAAAGUGGUUCCAAUAGCUACUAACGGCCUAUUAGGAUUUGAAGAUGAAGAACUAUCCAGUGUUUUGGAAUUCCAAUGUGAUUUAAGCAAUGCAUCAUCAGUGGUGUUCCCAUUAAAUGACGUUACUAGUCGAUCUGCACUCUGUGGUAUCCGAUCUGAUCAUCAAAUACCAAGCAGAAGCUAUUUACAAGGUGUACAUGCUGAGCACGGCCUUAAACCAACAAGAGGCAAGGCUCAUUUAGUUAGACCAAGAACAGGAAAUAAGAAGAAACAUAAAUCUUAAGUGUGAUUUUCUUCAUUGUAUAUUUCUAGAAUAUACAUUAUUUUAUC